AUGAGCGCCUUCUCACAGACUUUUGUCACGUGCUGCUUUCUUAUACUACAGACGAAGAAAAGCGACGGGUCUGGCGGCAAGCAAUUGGCCCGGGUGGUUGACUCGCUUGAUCUCUCGCCAUCCAAUCUUGCCGUGGCACUCAUCUACCUCUCCAAGUACCAGGCCAACUCGGUCAACAGUCUCGACAACAGCGAGUCAGACUCACUCCAUCAUUACAUGGUCAUUGCAUCUCUAAUACUCGCCAACAAAUUCAUCAACGACCAGAGCUACACUUUGAAGACGUGGCACAGCAUAAUCCAUAAAUGCUCGGACCUCCGGCCGUCGCUAGCGUUGUUGAACCAGCUCGAGCAGAACUUCUUGGCAUCCUUGGACUUUGCCUUGAACACGAAGCAUGACCCACGGCUCUGGAUGCUUUUCCACAGCUUGAACGGCAAGCACGUGACCCAGUUGCGGUUGGCGGUCGACAGCUCCUCGAGUGCCCCUUUCCGGAAUGGGGCCAAACGAGGCACGUCUGCCCUCUACAAUUACGGCUUGGCCACUCCGCCGCUGGCGUUUCCGAUCAACACCAGUCCGCUUUCCUACAUCAGUUCAAUGACGCCGUCGCCCAGAGAACCAUACACACCGGUUGCGUUGCCUACAGGCCUUGCGGGCAUAGCGCCUAUGGCAACGCAAUCCUUCCAAUUGUAUCCUCUGCCGCUGCUCCAGCAGACCCCGCAGCGCAUGGCGUUGGGCGGCGACGAGUGGAGCCAACCUGCAAAGAGGCGGAAGCUCGGCCACGGGAUGUGCGGCAUGGGAUCCGCGCUUGCUCCUGCAUGCACCUCCCACUUUAGCGUAUGA